AAUUAUUAUAGUUUUCGUUUUUCGUUUUAUUUUCUGUUUCCUGGUAAAAACUUUCGUAGUGAAUUCGUUGAUAAAAAAACUCCGCUAUGUACAUAGAUUCGACAUGCUUUAUCUGGAAUACCCCUGAAUAUAUAGUACAGCAAUGCAUGUCCUUAGGUGGGGGUAAGAGAUGUAUAAAAGCGACGUGUGUCGGUUAUCGAGGUCAUUCGUACAAAGGAACUUGGUUGGUCGGUACGCGUGUUUUCAACGUGAAAGUUUUCAUCGUUGCAUAAGAUUAUAUUAAGAUAACGUGUGCGUUUUGAACAAAAAAAAAAAAAAAAAUUACUAAAAGAGAUCAGUGAAACAAACAGUGUGCAUUUAAUUAUUAUAAACUGGAGAUCAAAAACAAAAGAAUUCCAACAUUUAGUGAAGUGUGUAAGAGAGUAUCAGGAAAUAGUAAAUCGACAAGUAAGCAGGAACAAAUAUUCACAGAUAUGACACGUUGCCAAAGUCUACAAUCCUAUGCAUCAUCUGCGAUGUCUGAUAGUGGAAGCUUAUCGUGGACUGAACAAAAAGAAAUAUUCAGAUAUCCUAGAGGCACUAUAACGUGUGGUAUGUUACCAACAUUACGAGCUCUAGCAUCCAAGGAAUGCGAGAAUAAUCAGGCUAUUACUUGUCUUGUACCUUUCGACGCGGAUAUGGAUUCUGCCAGUCACCUGCAAAUAAUCUUGCUAGAAGCAUAUUGUCGCGAGACAGGAAUUAAAGUGUUAAGAGUAUCCAGAGAAAGAAUACGAAAUCAUCUAUGUCCUGAAAGUGGCGAUUUAUCUUGCGUACUCAUCUCCAAUGACGAUCCAUACUUCUUAGAUACACCGGAGUGAAUUUGAAACAUGUUCAUCUACCAAGAAUGAAUUUUUUUUCGACUGGAUACAGUCACAUAAUCGUAC